AUGCAACUAAAACAUAGUCAAAAAAUUGAACGCGAUUACAUAAAAUUAAUAGAAAAACAAACCGUCAGAGCUCAAAAUGACAUUACUGCUGAAAAGUUAUCUCGCUUCUUAGAGGAAGUUCUAAAAGCCCAAGAUACCCUAGUUGAAAGACUUCGUUUAAACAAUUCGACAUUGCGUUCUCGGCGUAAGAAGUUGCUUACCGAACUAAAACAAACGGAAGAGAUUGGUGAAGUCCUGCAUGAAGUCGAUUUUGAACAACUCAAAAUUGAAAAUGCUCAAUUCCUGGAAAUUAUUGACACUAAAAAUCAAGAACUAGUGCGCCUAAAGUUAACUGCUGGAAGAAUAACUCAAGCAUUGAACUCCAGAAAAUUAGCUCAAAUUAGUCAAGAAUCAUCAAAGACUUUAGUGGAAAUAAAAAGCCGCGAAGAACAGAUUUCCAAAACUAACCUAGAAAUCGAACAAGUUGAAAAGGAAAAGCUUAAAAUUGAAGUUCUGAUCGAACAAUUAAAGAAAUUGGCGAAAGAGUACAAAGUUCCUACUGUGAUGGAUUAUGUUAACACAGUUCAGGAAAUGAGAUUACUUAAAAGGAGCGAGAAAUUACAAAAUCGAAAAUUUUCUCUUGCUAAAACGAAUCUUGAAAGAAGUCGACGAAUAUGGCACCAACUUCGGAAAUCAACACCCAUUCGGCCUCUUUGA